CUAAAAGGAAUUAAAUAAGGUCAUGAGGAAAAUUCAAGUUAGAAUCAAAGUGGAGCAUAGGAGUACGAUGUCGUAUCACGUGCCGUUCUUUAAUCACAUUCACACCCCUUUAUUUAGGCAGCAAUCCAUGGGAUUAAUAUAAACAGUUCACAAUUCCCACCCCCUUUCUCUUUCCCCUUCUUAAACCUCUCCUCCUUCCUAUAUAAAUCCACCCCCAAACUCCCAAAACGCCAAAAACCCACCAAAAUUCACGCCUCAUUUGCUUCCCCUAAAUCCCCCCCAAUUUUGUAGAUCUCAAUCAAAGAACCCCUCUUCCCAACAAUCCCAGUUCAACAGAUUCAUUCACUUGCAACUAAGGAAAAAAAAGGCAUGGCUUCAGCAACUCCAGUGUUGAAAGAUGAGUUGGAUAUAGUGAUUCCAACAAUCAGGAACCUGGAUUUCUUGGAGAUGUGGAGGCCCUUUUUCCAGCCUUACCAUCUCAUCAUUGUUCAGGAUGGUGACCCUUCUAAGACCAUCAAAGUCCCUCAAGGUUUUGAUUAUGAGCUUUACAACAGGAAUGAUAUUAACAGGAUUCUGGGCCCUAAGGCUUCCUGCAUUUCCUUCAAAGACUCUGCCUGUCGCUGCUUUGGUUACAUGGUCUCCAAGAAGAAGUACAUCUACACCAUUGACGAUGAUUGCUUCGUUGCCAAGGAUCCAUCUGGCAAAGAAAUUAACGCGCUCGAGCAGCACAUAAAGAACCUUUUGUCCCCAUCGACACCAUUUUUCUUCAAUACCCUCUACGAUCCCUACAGGGAAGGCACAGACUUUGUUCGAGGAUACCCGUUCAGUCUGCGUGAAGGUGUGCCUACUGCAGUGUCGCAUGGCCUAUGGCUCAACAUACCCGACUAUGAUGCUCCCACACAGCUGGUCAAGCCUCUUGAGAGGAACACUAGGUAUGUGGAUGCAGUUAUGACUGUGCCAAAGGGAACUCUCUUCCCCAUGUGUGGAAUGAAUCUCGGCUUCAACCGUGAAUUGAUUGGACCUGCGAUGUACUUUGGCCUCAUGGGUGAUGGCCAGCCUAUUGGCCGAUACGAUGAUAUGUGGGCUGGCUGGUGCAUGAAGGUAUUUAUUGUUUGUAGUUAUAGGAUUUCCUGGAGGCUUUAAAUGUAUAUAAUCUGGGGUCCCGUAUACUCUGAUGCAAAAAUGAAAUCUUUGUCAACCUCCUUAUGCAGGUUAUCUGUGACCACCUGGGUUUGGGGGUCAAAACUGGACUGCCUUACAUCUGGCACAGUAAGGCGAGUAACCCAUUCGUGAACCUUAAGAAAGAGUAUAAGGGCAUCUACUGGCAGGAAGAGCUCAUCCCCUUUUUCCAAUCCGUUACCAUUCCAAAAGACUGCACAACCGUGCAGAAAUGCUACCUCGAGCUAGCCAAGCAAGUCAAAGCAAAACUCGGCAAGGUAGAUGAUUACUUUAAUAAGCUCGCCGAUGCCAUGGUGACCUGGAUUGAAGCAUGGGAUGAGCUGAACCCGUCCAGCGCUGCUUCUGCUGAAGUGCCUAAUGGCCCUAAAAAGUAGAAGACAUUACAAUUCGAGGGAGAUCAUCUCACUUGGAUAGGUAUAGGAGUUGUAUGGUUACGAGAGGGGUUAUUUAUCCGAGGUUUUAGCUGAGCGUUCGAGUGGCUUAUUAUUUUACAUUGUUUUCGAUGUCAUUAUUAGUGAUUUGGUUUACUCCUUUUACCUAAGAAUAAUAAGAUUUUUUUUUUCAUGCAUUUUUUAGUCUUAUUAAUUUUGAUCAUUGUUAUGGUUAUAUGGUAUAGGCCCUUAAAGAUAAUUGGCAGAUGAGUUAUCUAAAAUUCUGAACCCUAUAUUAUUUUUUUGUUAGAUAGUGUUUCUUUCACUUUGUUCUUUUGUCUAGCUUACUUGCUCUCUGCUUGUUAUUUUUCGAGGCUGGCUGUACUUUCAAGCUGAGUGUGGUUUUUACCUGCUUGUAAGGGGGUUUCAGUUACCGGGAAAAGAUCCCCUAAGUCGGGUUUUGGUGGUAAAGGUGCUUGUGUUGUGUUUUGCAUGUCGAGAUGAUAGCUAUUUGUGUGCUUAUAGGAAUGCAAUUAUAUGUUGUGGUUACAUUGUGCAGGAAAUAAUUAGAUCUCGUUUGCCUCACAUUGAUUCCAAAUUCCAGUGUAUAUAUAUUUUCGUGUGGAAAGAUAGAUUCCAUGAGCAGGCCACCAAACAAAUCGGUG